GCUAGGUAGCCUUCGCGGUGGAUACUUCAACCAUAAAACUCGCUGGUUUCCAAACAUUAUCAUCAUCUUACUGCCUUCCCUCCUACAGAAAUGUUUGUACCGAAUGUGAGGUUCAGUCUUCAUAUACUAAGAUAAUUUACCCUUCCUGUCACAUAUUUUACUAAACAUGAAGGUUAAGAUUAAGUAAUAUUAUUGUGGCAGUUAGUUUAAUUGUUCGCUAAAAUAUGUUCCGUUGUAUUUAAUCUUGCCGCGUGUGUACGUGCGUCCGUGUGUUUGUUUAUCAGAGUGUGUGUGUGUGUGUGUCUGUGUGUCAGCUGGGAGAGCAGAGGUGGCUCGGUCCGCCGCUCUCACACCAACUCAGCGAAAAGAUGGCGACGGUCAUGCAGCGGCAGAGGUCCCGCAGACGACUGGCCGCUCUCACCUUCCUCUCAAACAUUUCCCUGGACGGCACGCACCGCGACACCCGCCUGUCGCAAUACGGCGGCGGGGGAUUCCUGGGCAAAGUGCUGGACGUCCGAAAUGAUGUGCAGUCGGACAGAAACAAGGAGAACCAGGCCGUGGUGGGGGGCCAGCCGAGCAUCCCAGCGGUAGCAGCCAAGCAAGUGCCAGGAGUGCCACCGUGCCAGUCCGAUGGUCAGAUUUCCGUCAGGGACUCCAGUGACGGCAGCGGCACCGAAAAGCCUCAUGGGAUACAAUUUAGGGACAGAACCAACACAAAUAAUUCUGAAGGAGGUGACCGUUCUGGGAUUCAGCGAAAGCGCCCCACUCAACACCACCUUCAUCACCACCCCCACCUGGUGGAGAAGGCUCCGUGCUUUAGCAGCAGUGAGAGCCUUGGUGGUCCUCUGCCCAAUAUUGGUGGUGGACGCACCAGAAAGCUGUCAAGUAAUGUGUCUGACUCCUCGGGACCACCAAACAAGGGGGUGAAAUUCUUCAAGACAGGACAUGACCACCACCCUCGUGAUGACAGGAUUGUUCUGCUUUCAACACACAGAAUUCCUUUCUAUAUUUUUUCAUCUCUGCCGUAUAACAAACCGAAGCUUGGAGGCCGUGGUGACCACCACUAUGGGCGUGGGGAAAGUGGCCGUCGGCGCCAUGCAUCAGGCAACAGGACGCUCUCCACCAUCAGUGACAGUGGCGACCCUUCACACAUUCUGGGUUAUGAUCGCAAUGAUGAGUUUCUGCAGGAAAGGUCAUAUUGUGAACUCCUGGUGCCAUCUCGGAGUUUCUUUUGCAAGCCUCGGAGGCAACAGUCAGAGCACAAUGAUCUGUGUGACAUGAAUGAGCGCUGCAUGCACCCUGGUGUGGCUCGCUGCUUCAGCUAUGAACCCGCCACACACAAGGCCACAGCUCACUACGUCCCUCAUCCCCAGCAUGGGCACCUGGAAAAAGGUGUGUGUGGCACUUCAGGCCAUUCCGGGACUUUGACCUUAUUGAGAGCGUUAGAGGCGGGGGAGCACAUGAUCAGAAAGGGCAGCAGUGGUGGUGGUGAGAUUGAGGAGUGGCGACUACUGGGCACAUUGACAGGCAGCAGCCACCAAUACCUACCAAAUAUGCUGGAUGAUCCUGAGCUCCGUGCUGGAAAGCACCGCAAGUUGCUUCGCUUUCCUUCCUAUAUGACAUCAGUAAUGGAUUACACCAAACCCUCAGAAUUGAAAAAGGAAUUGAAUGAUAAAUUCCGCAGCAAAUUCCCUCACAUCCAGCUGACCUUGAGCAAACUUCGCAGCUUGAAACGAGAGAUGCUGAAGAUUGCUCGGCAGGAGUGUGACAUAGACUUGCUGACAGUGGCUCAAGCUUAUGUUUACUUUGAGCGCCUCAUUCUGAAAGCCAUUGUCAACAAACAGAACAGAAAACUUAUUGCUGGAGCUUGUCUCAUCCUCUCAGCCAAGAUGAAUGAUGUCAAGGGGGAAGUUCUCAGUAAUUUGAUAGAGAAAACAGAGAACACAUUUCGCCUCAAUAGGCGUGACUUGACUCAUUGGGAGUUUGCUGCCUUGGUUGCCUUAGAGUUUGGACUUCACCUGCCAACAUGGCAAGUGAAUCCACAUUAUCAACGGCUCCUGUUUGAGUCUUGACGAAAGCAUGGGACUGGAAAUUCAGCGUUCAACGUUUGAAGCAGUUGUUGUUGAGGUAGAUACAACAGAGAAGGUUUGGUCACAAGCCAUGAUCUCAAGUAUAGAUGGGAUGUUGUCUCGGAUAUCAUUUGCUUCCAUUUGAGUGUGGUUUCAAACAGUUUUAAUAAGAAACACUGGGAGAUUGUCUUCAUCUUCAUUUCAUUCAGCUUCUCAAUGGAAAGUUUGAAAUCCUUACAAUGUUGGAAAAGUAAAUGCCAUUUUGAGUGCAUCUCGUGUAGUUCCUUUCUUCAUCAAUUGAGGCAAUCACAGAUGUUAUAUCUUCCAUUUUAAUUUAUUAACAUAUAUAUAACCAUAAUUUUCAUAUAUGGAGCCUUCGCUAUAUAUGUGGUGAGAAGAUAAACUGAUAAGGAUUUUUAUAUCUCACUCAUUGUCUUUAAAAGGUUCAUACAGACGAGAUUUGCAUCACUUUGUAUACAUUGUCAUUGUCAUUCAGUCAUCAAAGUUGAUGAGUUUUUUAUAUGGAGAAGACUUAAGGAAUUACAGUGUAACAGUUUUGUUUGUUGGAGCAUAUGUUUCAGCAGCAUACUUAUACCUUUAUCUCAGCAGCAAGAACAAGAAGCAAACUGAUUGGUUGCUGACUUUGUGUUGUAUGGUCAUCAUAUAUUGUUAUGAUUAUAUGUAAAUAUUGCUUGUAUUUGUGCUCUGUGUUGAUUCCCCAUAUUUGUUAAAAAGGCAUUUAUACAGUGAAUAGAUAUCUUUAUAAAAACCUUUCUUCCUUGCAGUAGCUUUUAAUUGGUAACUCUCUGCAGUGUCUUUGCAUUACCAGGCUUGAAGUCUGCAUCCAGGGUCUUUGGGAAAAUCAAUAAGGCACACAAUUAUUAUGAAUUCAGCUGGUUAUAGGGAACAGAUAUGUGAUGUUUCAUGUGUUGAAGAGGGAAGUGUGACCUCAGUAGGAUUACAGUUUUUGACAGAAGACUGAUUAGCAGUAUGGUUUGACAAUGGUACAAAGAAUGACUAUGCUACUAAUACUUUGUACAUGUUAAAUUUGGUAAUUAUGUUGCUGUAGAAAUGCUGAUAUGAUGUUCAUACAAUACUGAAGUGUAAUGGGAGGAGGAGUAAGUGCUCACAACCCACAACCUUUGAUGCUUUGAGACUAUUGUAUCUAUCAGUCCCCAGCAAUGAAUCAGGCUACAGUGGCUUGAUUUUACAUAACAUCUUUAUGCAUAAUUUUUCAUUGUACUUAUGACAUAUUUGUUGUUUUGAAUAGCAUCUGGGACUAAUGUAUUUGUUUACCCUUGAAGUUAUUUAGAAAAGAAAAAAUCCCAACUCCCUUUACCUCAAUCUUGCCAAUCUUGACCUCAUUCAUGGGAAAUAUAGUACUUAACUUUCUCCACUCCAAUAUUUUAUUAUUAUUAUUUAUUUAUUUGUUUUAAUGAAGUGGCCACAAAAUAAUAUCCACCAGUUCUUCCUCUAUAAUCUUGCCCUUCAUGCAUAUUACAGUUACUUCAAACUCACUGGUGGUUUCCUGAUGCACCAGCUCCUUCAUUAUUUGUACUUUAUGCAUUUGUUACCUCACUGUCAUGUGCUUGAGUACAUUAAUUCAAAAGUGACAUCUUCCAGGGCAUGAAAUGUCCCAUGCAUAGAAUACCCUGUAGAGUUAAAAAAAUGUUAAUUCUAAGCAAGAGAACCUUGUUUGUCAGACUUUACUGUUUAUUCUUGGCAGAUGAAGGCUAGUAUGUAUAGUAGUUGUCAAUUAUCCCCAGAACAAUCAGUGUUUCACCUUAUGACUUGAAUACCUCUUCCUGAUCUUCUUCAGGGAUUACAGAAUUUCUUGAUGUAUUAAAUUGAAUUCAUAAACUAAAGUAAGUUGAAAAUUCAUGUUGCUCAUUUGUUGUGCAUCUGUGUGCUAUUGUCUGCUUGUGGUUCUGUGCUUGCAUGUGCUGGCUUUAAGUUAUUGGUUGGGUUGUGAAGUUCCAAUGAAGAACAUUCAUUGAACACCUCUAAGUUGUCUCCCAGCUUGCACUUUUCCACUAUUUGUUUAUAAAGUGACAUUUUAGUUCCUUCAAACAUUGUUCGUUUUAGAAUCUCUCUUUGAAGAAGUUUCCCCUACAAAAAGAGUACUCAGUCCAUGGUCUUGAUGUUGCUGUCAUCCUGCAAUCUUCUUAAAUAAUAAGUGUGAAACAAGAUGAUGAUAGGAACUUCUUUCCCAAAAUUUAUAUUUUCAUAAUUCAAUGUACUUCUCAUGUGAUUUCUCUACCUUUGCCAACUCCCUCAAUAUGUAGUGUUUCUGGAGAUAUUGAGUGAGAGGUAGCAGGAAUGCAUCUUACCUUGGAUAGAGUACUGGACUGACUUAUGAAAACAAAGGGUGAACCAAUUUAGCCUGAAAAUUUUUUAUACUACAAAAUUAAUUAACCUUUUCUUGACAUUAGAUUGAGAGAUGGUGUGCUUUUCUAAAACUUUGCUUCUCAUUGAAUUUACAAGUGCAAGAUUUUUCUGUAAAGCAUGGAUAACUUGAUUGUUGGUUGUGAAGGAUGGACAGAAAGUAGAAAAUUUUAUAUUUGUUAUUAAGGAUGAAAGUAUUAUCUCAUGCUAUGAGCAUUUAUAUGAAGUAAAUCAAAUAUUAAUGUGAAAAUUGAUGCCUUCAAGCAAUACAAAUAUUAUAGUUGUCUUGUGAUUCUGCUUAUAUAAAACAAAAGGUUAUUCUUUUUUGGAUAUCCUCAAUUGGAUUGAAGUUAGGGCUGUUACCUGGCUAGUCCUUUAUGGAAGAUAUCCAGCAUUCAUGAAGUCAGGUGAUGGUAAACUUGGUUAUAUGGACAGGUGCACCGUUCUGCUGGAACAGUCUGUUAUGUAUGAGCUUGUGCAAGAUCUCAGGCAGGUAAUUACUAGGGAGCUCUAGGUAAACAAUGAUUCCUGUUUAGAUUUCUAGGAAGCACAAGUAUGCCUAAACUCUUAACAGUAAAGGCAAGACCAUGAGUGAAUUGGGAUGUUUUACGGUGCUCUUCAUGUAUAUCAGACCAUAGCUACUGGCAGAUUUUAUAACAUACCUUACUGUUGCCCUCCUAAGGAGCUUACUGGUAAAGCCAUUGCUCAAAUCAUUGCAUUAAAGGAUACAGCUCACCAAACUAAGGAAAUAAAUUAUUUGGUGAGAAUGGCAAAGUCAAUUGUGUGAAAAUUGUGUGCGUCAUUCAGAAGGGGGGAAAAAAAAGGCAAAGCAAGGUUUGAUCAUCCCAGGAAGACAGACCUCUCUGAAAUGUGUUAACAUUGUGAAGCACACUGUGACAUGAGGAUUAGUCUCCACAGCACACUAAAUUAAGAACCUUGGCCACAUGAAGGGUCUGCAAUGUGUUGCUUAUCACUUCAUGUAUGUGAUGAUAUUGACAAUGAAGGUCAACAAAUUAGUUGGAUCUCAUUGAAGAUACCAGGCUGUUAAUGCUGAGUGAAACAAGCAACUAGAUAAGGAUUUUAAGUUUGUUGUAAUUUCACUCAUGACAAGGAACUUCAUAUGGAAAAAUUAUUUCAUGUGUUCAAGUGGAUAUGUAUGUACUGUACUUAAGAAAGUGAGCUUUCAGUAUGCAUUUCCUAAAAUAUGUGACUGUUAAGAUUUCCAGUGAAGUAAAAGAGAUCCCAGCUGGAAUUUCCAUUGUACAUGGUGAGCAGGAAUUAAGUCGUUCAUAAAAGUCACACCAGGAAGCUGAAGUUCCUAGUAUGAUAGAACAGUUCUUCAAUCUGGCUUAUUAUAUAAUAGUUGUCAUUGAAAACCUUCAAUAGAAUUGCUAAGGAUAUGUUGAAGGUGGCAGUGUGUGGAGGAAGUCACUGCCUGGGACACAGACCCAAACACUUGACUCAUGGGUUUGUCGAGUGCAUAUUAUUACUUUUCAUGUAGCUUUAAUUCCUCUUAUAUUAUAGGCACUUCAUAGAAGUUUUUGUGCAACAUUUGUGUCUUAUUCCUAAAGGAACUUGCAUCUAGUCUAAUGAGUUUCACUGGUGAUGGCAUAGUACAACUACUACUGAUUAGCUCUGGAAGAUAUGCAUAACUUUGUAUAUUGUAAAAAAUAUAUAUUUUCUUUACUGAAGAGAGAUAUGAUAAUUUUUGUGUUUUGUUGAUUGGCAAGGCCUUCUUAUAUUGUUAGUGUAUAUUAGCUGUCGUUGUUGACAUGUGGGCCCAGGGUGGAGUCAAAUCCAAGUGCAGGUUCCUCAGUUGUCACUGCAUAAGACACAUCUACUGUGUGCAAUCUUCACUGGAUGCUAUUUGAAGAUACAGAAGGUAUGGCAAUGCAAAACUUGUAAAAGACUUUGAGGGGAAAAAAAUAUACAGAAAGUUUUAGUCACCUGAGAAGACUUUAGAUUGUAAGUACAGCCAUAUUAUAAAAAUACAAUUACUAACAAUGAAUCACCAGGACUGAUGACAUGUGCAUUCAUUGUAAAUGUCAGUAAAACCAGAAUAAUGACGCUUUGUAAGUUAUAUGUUGCCACACCUUACAUGUGUAGUGUAUAUCCCCUAUUGUAAAGCAUCCUUACAUGCAGUGUUAGAGAACAAAUGUGCUUUGUUUAGGUUAUAUGAUAUUUAUAGUGUGUAAUGUAGGACUGCAUUACUGUGCUCUUAUAAAGGAUAACUUUUAUAGAUUAUUACUCAAGUGUAGUAUAUGAAUAGAACUUAAUCUUUGCAGUAUUAUAACACUGCACAAAGCAUACAAUCUAUUUCUGUGGGUGUGUGAGAGUACUUGUUUGGUGGUAGGAUACUGUACUAUGAUGCCUGGUGUAGGAUGGUUGUCAAGGGAUCCAACACUCGGGGGAACAAAGGGACUGGGCUUGGGAUCUAGGUAUCUAUGAUGAAGAGUAGGAUUAAGACAAAAAAGUGAGAAUUACUAUUAGAUGAAAGUUUCUUACAUAAACUUUAUGAACUCCAUAGUAAAGUUACAUUUUAAAACCUUUUUUGUAUUUUUGUUUUCUAUUUUUACUCUAAUAUAGUCUAGAAUGGGCUUAGUUGUACUGGUGAUGCAUUUUUUUUUUUGUACUGCCAGCAUGUUUGUGUUCAGAGUUCAUGAGAUUCACUGCAGGAAAAGGUGCUUAAUGACUUGUCUGUUUUCAGUGAAUAACACUUCUUUUUUCAGUAAGCUAAUGCAUUUUCUCCAACAUCAUCAAAUAUUAACUAGUAGAUUAAGCUUUUGGAAAAAAACUUGGCAGGAUGGCUGAUUACUGGUGAAAGUAAAUAGUUUUACUAACUAAGGUUAAGUUUUCAAAGGAGAAAAUUAACCACUGGAAAAUCUAGAUUCAGUAUUUGAUUUUUCAACGUAAAUUUUAUGUAUAACUUCCUGUGAUACACACACACACACACACACACACACACACACACACACACACACACACACACACACACACACACACACACACACAUCCACACCUCAUGAUAGAUCAAUUGUUGUACCUGAUUCGAUUAUUAUUACCUAUAUGUGCCCUUUUUUAGUGUUGAAAAGCAUCAGGGUGCAUGUUCAUAAUUAUGUAUUUAUUUGUUUGGUUUCACAAGAAUGUGUACGGAUGUGAUAUCAUGAUGUAUUACAUAGUAGUUAAAGUAACUUAGUAAGUGGGAAUAGGUAGUACAGAGUAUUUAUAAUAACAAGGUUAUAUCAAUUAAAGAAAUGCCCUAUU